GGCAAGUUCUUCGGCGCUCAGCGAUGUGUGCGCGCAAAUGGCGCUCCUCUUAUCGCGAUAACGGAGUUUGAUUUCUCGCUAAAAUUUCGCGACUUUCGUGGAGAGGACGGCGAUACGUCGUCUUCGGCAAUCAAACUCCCGUCCAUAUCUUGGCAGUGAUUUGUGGCACCCCUUAAACCCGGAUUGCGAUACUGGCGACAAAACGCAUACCGAGACGAAGAUGAAGAACAACGCUGACGUUCGCUGGUCGCAGCUAUUCGCGGUGGUGGGGGCGCAUCGACAUUCAGCGCGCCGCCUCCCUGUAUAUAAAGCUUUGAUCAUUCUCUCAGACUUUGGUUGUUCCCCUACGGGCAACUUUCCCGAGACUUGGCAAACACCGGAACCACUCUUGGCAGCGAGUUCAGAACCCCAUCCCUCCCACGAAAAGCAGUGCAGCGCAGGAUCAGCAGGAAGACUACGCCAGAUCAUAGCCUACCGUUUCCCAGCGUAUCUUAACCGGAGUAAUUUCUUUUAGCUCGCUUACCGCAGCCAGAUUUAAACACCGAGCCGACAUCGUAGGAUGGUAGAAGGUGAACCCGACUCAAAGCACAAUCGUAAGAGUGAUGUAAAAGACGAUCGCCCAAACGGCUGUGGUUCAAAAGACCUAGAGCUCGCACGUUUAGGGACAAAGGGCAAGACUCUCGAUCCCGAGAAAGGAUCUUUUGAAAAAGCUGAUUUCGAAAAGGCUAUCGAACUUACCGGAUAUGGCAAGUUCCACUACUUCCUGCUCGCAGUAUGCGGGUUGGUCAGCACGAGCGAGGAGAUGGACGUAAUUUCCAUGUCCUACAUUCUGCCGAGUGCACAAUGUGACCUGGAUCUUGAUACCCACAGGAAGGGAUGGAUGAGCUCCAUCAUAUUCAUAGGGAUGAUGGUCGGUGCCUACGCGUGGGGUUCAGUGGCAGACGCCCUGGGCCGCCGCAAGGUCCUGAUCGUCAUCUCCAUUAUGAACGCCGUCUGCAUAGUCGCCUCCAGCUUCACUCAGAGAUAUGAAUACUUCUUGUUGUUCAGAUUUCUCAACGGUGCUGCCCUUGGAGGUAGUGGGCCUGUGAUCUGGUCCUACUUUGCUGAAUUUCAGCCGAAGGCGAAGAGAGGUUCCAUGCUGUCGUUUAUGGCGGCAUUUUGGACCCUUGGCAACCUUUUUGUCGCUGGACUGGCAUGGCUCAUUAUCCCUUCCGGGAUCGGUUUCUACAGCCUCACAUUCAAGUAUAACUCAUGGCGAAUCUUCCUGCUGAUCUGCGCUGCACCGUCCUUUUUAGUGGCAGGGCUUCUGCUGCUCCUGCCCGAAUCCCCCAAAUAUUUACUCAUCCGUGGACGAGAGAAGGAGGCUCUGGAAAUAUUCCGUGGCAUAUACGCGAUAAACACCGGUAACCCGCGAACCAUGUACCCAGUGAAAAAGCUGAUAUUCGACGACUCGAGGAAUCAGUCUAAAAAGAUGAGCACCAAGACGCCAGGCAAAUGCAAGAUGCUCUUCGGUGAUAUAUUGGGAAACACUAAACAGCUGUUCGUCUCACCGAUCCUGCGUUUCACUUUAAUUUCCAUCAUAAUUAACUUCACCUUCCACAUCGGGUACUACGGGCUCAUGAUGUGGUUCCCUGAACUGUUCAACCGUUUCGACGAGUACCAAAAGAACCACCCAAAUGUCACCUCGAUAGGCAUCUGCGAAGUUACGGACUUCGUAGUCAAAAAUGGAACCCGGGGCACAAACGUCACCUGCGAUGACCAAAUCUCUGCCCAAGUGUUCCAAGAGUCCCUCAUUACCGUCGCAUCUGCAAUACCUGCUAAUAUCCUUGCUGUUGUUGGAAUGGAUCGUCUUGGUCGCAAGUUCUUCCUCGUCUUCAGUACCUUCUCCGCCGGUCUUUGUUCCACCGGACUAUACUUCGUGACGAACAAGAUUCACAACUUGAUCGUAUCGGCGUUCUUCAGCGGUGUGAUAAGCUGCGGUAACGCGGCCCUUGAUUGUCUGAUCACUGAGGUAUUUCCCACAAACCUCCGCGCCACCGGCGUGGCAAUUUCAAUGGUGGCAGCCCGCCUGGGUGGGAUAAUCGGUAACAUAGUCAUUGCUCAGCUGCUGGACACGUAUUGUCCAGCGCCCACAUUUAUCGUCGCCGUACUUCUUAUCGGAGGAGGUCUGAUGUGCUUAGGUUUACCAAACACAACGCGUCAGCCGUUAUCCUGAUACCCUUAUAACGAAAGUUUAUUGAAAUUUGAAAUAAGAAAUUGAACAAAAAAAAAAAAAAAUUUAAAUAAAUAAAUAACACACUCGAUUCCGAUCGAGCUCCAUUGUAUAGUCAUGAUGCAUUUGUAUUAUUAGGAAGAUGUACGUAACCGGUCUGUAUACCUUUAUUAUUGUAACAUACCCACCAAAAAAGUUGCGCAGCACUACACACACACACACACACGCACACACACACACGCUUACACAAACACACAGAGUCACAUACUCGCAAAUCACAUACGCUAACAGUAUAUAUAACACGUCAUUAUACACACAAUGCACAUAUGUAUGAAUACGUAUGUCAAAUGAAUGUGUAUUACACGUUAGAUUGAAAUAUGUUUACUUAGUUUCCGCGUAGAAGAAGUUGAAGGAGAAAAAAAAGUGUUGAAAAAGAAACAGAGAAAACAAAACAUCAGUGAUUCAGUAAUGAUAUUAUGGUAUAUUUUAUGCAGAGGAACGAAGUCAGAGGUUACAAA